CUAUAACCCAAUCUAGCUACUUGCCUCUUCUUAUCCCGGCUAAUCUAAACCCCUCCCCCGCUUUCCCCUCAACAGUCUCCAAACCCUCCUCAAUCCGCCCAUACCUCGCGAACCAAUAAUCCCCCAAAUAAUCCCCCCGGGGCAACCACGGCCUCCGAUUCGCCGCCUUGGGCAUCAAAUUCUCCGCACGCACCACAUACGUCGACGACAGACUCAGCAGCCGGCGGCCCUCCAGCGUCGACGCCUCCUUCGCAUCCAGCCGCGGCACGGCAGCCACCAACCCAUGCUUCUCCAUGUGUUUCAGGAGCCGCACGAUGAAGUGCGCCGUGGCAUCUGCGCCGAGGGUCCAGGAGGCGUGGGCGUAGCCGAUCACGAAGGACGCGUUGGGGAUGUCUUGCACCAUCAUGCCGUUCCAGAUGUACUUAUCUGGGAUGUGGAUGGGUUUUUGGCCGUCAACGGUUAUGCGCGCGCCGCCGGCGAUGAGGAGUUUGAGGCCUGUGGCUGUGACGAUGAUGUCGGCGUCGAGGUGAUCGCCGGAGUUCAGCUGGAUGCCUGUCGGCGUGACUUGUUUGAUGGUGUCGGUUUUCACGUCGGCGCGGCCGGUGUGGAGGCAUUUGAAGAAAUCGCCAUCGGGGGAGACGCAGAGGCGCUGGUCCCAGGGGUUGUAGCUGGGGCGGAAGUGGGGGUCGUGCGGGAUGUGUUUGGGGAGCUGGGCGGAGACGGAGAGUCUGAGGAUGCGCCGGGCGAGCCAGGGCAUGGAUUGGCAGAAGGUGUAGAAGAGGCGGGUGGUGAGGAUCCAGAUGACGCGCUGGACCCUGUGGUACAAGGGGCGGGGUAGGAGGUAGGAGAGGAGACUGCCACAGUUGGGCAGGGAGAGGAUAUAGGUCGGGCUGCGCUGGAGCAUGGUUGUGUGGGCGGCGCGUUGGGAGAUGCUGGGGAGUAAGGUGAUGGCAGUUGCGCCGCUGCCGAUGAUGACCACCUUUUUGCCUGUGUAGUCGAGGCUUUCGGGCCAGAAUUGCGGGUGGAUGGUUUGGCCCUCGAAACUGCUCAUGCCGGGGAUGUCAGCUUCGAGCGGUUCAGUGUAAUUGUAGUAGCCGGUGCCGAAAACGACGAAGCGCGCAGUGUAGGUUUCCGUGGUCCCCUGGCAGUCGACCUGGAGAGUCCAUCGAUUGGCGGUGCUGGACCAGUCGGCAGCCAGCACCUUCUUGUGGAAGUGGAUAUGCUCAUCGAUGCCGAAUUUCUGCACAGUUUCCCGCAUGUAGGUCCUCAGCGCGGGGCCUUCAGCGAUGGGGUUGUUCUGGUUCCAGGGAUUCCACGCAAAGCCAAAUGUGAAGAGAUCCGAGUCAGAGCGGAUGCCAGGAUACCUGAACAGGUCCCAGGUGCCGCCAAUGGCAUUCCGGGCCUCGAGGAUGGCAUAUUUGUAGCCUGGCAGCUCGCUCUGGAGGCGGUAGGCCGUGUUGAUGCCCGAGAUGCCAGCGCCGAUGAUGAGGACGUCAAAGGUCGACGAAGCAGCGCCAGCAUCGGAGACAUUUGAGACAAGGCCAUUCAUUCUGAUUGGCGCUGCCCCGACAGGCGAGUCAAAAAGGAGUUUAGAUUGUUCCUUUUAGUAGUAACUAUUUAGUUGCUGCUGAACAGCGUUAUGUUGUAUGUUCCAGGCCAUCACAAAAAGGCUUUUUCAAGAAGAAUAUCCCGUUUGGAAAUGUUCAGGACAUCCAAGAUAUUUUAUGUAGGUAUGGAUGUAUUUUUAUCAACUCCCUCAACAAUGUCUCUCUCCCCCUCGGCCCUCCCUCGGCCCUCCCUCGGACCUGGCUGGCGUCAGACACACUCAGGGAAUGUGAGCCAUCCGUUAUUGUUAUAUUAUUAAAUAUGUUAUGGGUCAAAUAUCGGGGGAACGGCGCCCGCUAACAGCCGCCGAGGAACUCAACAGGGAGCGGAUCAUUCGUUAAUCGUACACUCAUCAAUAUCAAUGGGCGAUAAAUGUGGGGGGGGAAGAAGAGAAUCGGACUAGGCUGCUGGCAUUUAGUUAGUUAACUACCCUUGUGCAGAUUCGGCCGGAGUAACUAAAAUAUUUGCUUUUUUUCUCUUAUUUAUUUCUGUUUUAACUAGCCUGGCUGCUGGCGUCGGCCCAUGUGAAAUAUUGCUGUUUUAGUGGAACUAUGGCGGGCAAUGAGGGACUGCGGCGGAGAUCAGACCAGACCAGACCAGACCAUGAGGGCGCAUCGAGGAGAUAGAUGAGAGAAAAGUUGAGACGAAGAGGAAUUGACUGUUGAUUUGUCCUUGCGCGGUCUGUCUUGUUUGUUAUUUUCUGAAGAGGCAUUGGUAAACAAUUUCGGAGGUAUCAAUGAUAUAACUAGUUAUAAUAGUUAUAUAUCACAACAGCAACACACGAACAGCGACUACUAUAGAGACAGCAAAAAUGACAGCAGCGACAACGAUCAAAAAGCUGACUCUGGCGCAAAAGAUGGACAUGAUUCCCGGACUGUGCUCCAUCGUUCUAGCUGCUCUCUACGCGCUGCUCACCGGUCUCUCUCGCAGCGAGAAGCAGCCAAAGACGCUGACAUUGCACGUUGGAUAUGCCAUCCUUCGAAAGGCCACGGCCAGACUGUCGCCGCUGCAGCUGCAACUUGUUAUGCCGCCUACCAACAAAAUCUACGAGCGAUAUGCCAAAAAGGCCAACAAACCAGUGCAGUCCGUCGAGCUGCCCCAUGGCGUCCAUGGCCACUGGAUCGGAGACAAGAACGCAGAGAACGUGUUGAUCUGGUACCACGGCGGCGGCUUCGCCCUCCCAGCCAACAUGGGCUACUUCCGCUUCUUCUCCCGCACCAUCGCAGACAUGCACAGGGCUGGGAAAGCCCUCGCCGUCUUCUGCCCGACCUACACCCUGACCCCACACGCCGUCUACCCAACCCAGCUCCGCCAGGCCGUCGAGUGCCUCCGCUACAUCCUCGACACGACCGGCCGUAAGCCCGCAAAUGUGUUUUUGGGCGGCGAUUCCGCUGGCGGCAACCUCGCUGGCGCCGUCCUGUCGCACGUAGCUCACCCGCACAGCCAGAUUGACGCGGUGUCGCUGAGCGGUAAUUUGGGAGGUGCCGUGCUCGUGUCCCCCUGGACGUCUCUGGAUACAGAGUCCCUGCCCGAGAUCAUUAUUGAUCCACAAGGUGAUCUGAUCACGCAUGCGGUGGGCGGGCCGUGGGGCGGCACGUACAUUGGGACGACGAAACGGGAUUACUAUACGGAUCUCUCGAUGGCGCCGGCCGAGUGGUAUAACGACUACAAGGUCAAUUCGGUGUUGAUUCUUGGUGGGGAACAUGAGAUUCUACUACCUGCCAUUGAAGAUUUGGCAGCGAAGUUUAAGGAUGGAUUUUCGAACGUCGAGUUUUUCGUCGGCAAGCGGGAGUGCCAUGUAGCCUUAAUAUUCAACCUUUAUCUGGGAGACAAGACAGAGACGGAGACGGGGAAGCGGAUGAAGAUGUGGCUACGGGAGCUUCUGAAGUAAUCAUCAGUUCACAGUUUUUAUGUGAAUUUUAUUUUAUUUUCUUUGUGUCUUUACUUCUUUAUUCUAUAUACAUAUAUACAAGGCAUAUUCAUACUAGUAAAACACUCCCCUCUCAUUGCAGCGUUACGUCUAUGUCUCUUAGAGCCUUCAAUUGCAUCGAGCCAAUCCCCCUCGCUCGCUCCUGCAACCACAUAGGGAACGCUCUCAGCAAUCUGAGCCCGGACCGCCGCGUUGGAAGCACAACCUGCCCGCUGCGCUGCGACAGAAUUUGCUUCACAACCGCAUUGGAGACCACAUCAACCGUCAUCGUCGGCAUGUUAAACACAGUCCCCGGCUUGGUCAGCUGCUGGAUCAUCGGCGUCGCCACCCACAGCGGGUGGAUAAUACUCGUCCGCACUUUUUUCGCCUUAUACCACAUCCUCAACUCCUGCGUCAACGACUCGUGGAACGCAAGCGCACUCGCCUUGGACCCGGCGUAGUCGGCCAUCUCGCCCAGCGCGACGAACGACGCCAUGCUCGCGAUCGUGAUGACGUGCCCGUGGUUCUCGCGGAUCAUGGCGGGCAGGAACUCGCGCACCAUCCAGAAGUGCGAGAUGGUGUUGACCUGGAAGGUGCGCUGGAUGCGCUCCUCGGGCUCGUCGAGGAUGGUGCCUUCGUAGCCGACGCCGGCGUUGUUGAUGAGCACGGUUGGGUCGCCGUGCGCGGCGCGGAUGGCGUCGCCGACGGCUUUGAUGCUGGCGGUCGAGGUGACGUCGGCUGCGUAGAAGAAGACGUUGGGCGCUGUUUUUAAUAAUCAGCAAACUAUGUUCAUAUAUAUCAUUUGGAUUUAGGGGACGGAGAACGGGGAACGGGGAACAGACGCAGCUUAAAGUCCGGCUCAUUCAAGUCCAAAAUGACAACUCUGACCCCCCUCUGCGCCAGGUCGAGCAUAAUCUGCUUGCCAAUGCCGCUGCACCCGCCCGUCACUAGCACCAGUUCGCGCUUGUUGUCCCAUGGCCGCUGGCUCUGCCAAUUGUUCAAGGCCUGACUGGAGAGGGUGCGGUUGAUGGUGCGGAGGAAGCCGAGCGCGAGGGCGGCGAUGAGGGCCUUUUUGAGGAGUGGGGAGGAGUUGAGAUAGGAGAGGAGCGGGUCGAGGGUUGUCCCGAUAUAGGGGCGGAGGAUGUCCAGGGGUUGUUGGAGGGCGGUCAUUUUUUUUUUUUGUAUUGACUUAUUGACUUUUUGUUAUUCUUUAUUCUUUAUACUUUCUUUUUCUUGAUAGAUGGUUUCUGUGCCUGGUUUGGCUCCGAUGCUCAGUUCCUCAAGCUGUAUAUAUAUAUACAUAUAUAUAUAUAUAUUAUAUCAUGUAGUCUGUCGUAGCUUUAUGAGAUGUUUUAUAUCCAUGUUACAUCUUGU